CCCCGGAGAAAUUGAACUUCUUCUUUUUGAAAGCAGCAGGAUUUUUUCCAAGUAUUGUUGCCGUCGCUGUCGUCCGUCUCUUGCGAGUCUCUCCACCUCUGCUUCCUCGUCGUUUCUCUGGGUGCGUAGCUUCUUCCACGCGUCGGCGCAUCUCUCUGUCUUUUUCCUUCGCCCUUCCUUCCCCGGACUUGGCGGUCUGACAGAGGUCUCUCGUUCGUUGACUCCGCAGUUGACGAAACGGAGGAAAACAGGAAGGCAGAGACACAAGGCGAAGAAGUUCAUGUUCUGACAAUCUUGGAGAGACGGCGUCUCCUCUUCUUGUUCUUCUGCGGUGUCUUGUUGCUUCUCUCGUGCUCUCUUCCUCUUCGAGUUCCUUUCUUGCCCGUCCACUUCACUUCUCUCUCCUUCCCUUACGGCUGAUCUCGUCGUCUGUUCUCUCUCCAGUCUCCCUUGGAUCGGUCGGCGCGAGCCGUUCUCCUUCUCUCUGCACCGUUCCGUCGCUGCUUGCCGACGACUUCCUUCUUCUCCACUCUUCUCUCGCCAUGGCUUCUUCCAAACCGGGAGGCGCCUCCAAAGCAGGCGUUGAUGCUGUGCAGGAAAUCAGCAUGAUGGCCCGGGAGGUGGAACAACAGCAAGACACUCUCGCCUCGCAGAUUCAGAGAGUCUCCACAAAAAUUCGCAGCAACGCCAUCAACGUCAAGCGCAACGAAGCCGCUCUCGAAAUGCUGAAGGACGCAGGCCCUCAGGCCGUGACGUAUCAGCAAGUUGCGCGGCUCUUCAUUUUAUCGCCGGCACCGAAGCUGGAAACCUCGCUGCGAAAGCACAGCGCGGAACUCGAGCAAGAGGCAACGAAACUCGAGGGACUCAAGGACCAGUUGGUCUCCAGGCUGAAGGGCGUCGACGCCCAGGCUGCGGAACUGAGGAAGAGCUUUCAGCAGACAAUCGCGCAGGCUCUGCAGGCGCAGCGAGGCCCCGCAGCCGCAGACUCGGCGCCAGGCUCUUGAACGCUUCCCUUUUCGCUCUCCAGAACGCGAUGGCCAAGGCAGAGAAAGCGCCUCAGUGCCAAACGCGUAGCCAGCGCGUCCACCUCUGGGUGAAGGUGUGAACGAGCGAAAAAAUACGUACAACCACGAAUAUGUGUGGGGACUGGAGAGGACAGGUGUGAAGGAGGGUCGUGUCUGGCGUCUGCGUAGAGAGGGGCGCGUGCGAUUUCAGUUGAAGCUCUUUAUUUGUUUCUUCCACAAAUUCGCGCUUUGCAUGCGGAAGUGCGCGGCAUUCGCGAGACGGAAGCAGUGCUCUGUCAAAGAAAAAACUCCAAGAAAAGGCAUGGGGAAGACACCCUGAGGAGCCGAGCGGCCCAGCAGUUUGGGGUGUACGUACACGUGGCGGACUGCCUUGUAGCUCGUCAGGCAGACGAGGAGAGCCGUCGGUGGAAGGCGGCGAAGACAACGAAACUCGGCAGAAAAGCGUGUGUACCUGGGCCGUUGGCGUCUAAAGAGAAAGCCGCGCUUCAACUUGGAGUUCACCGCAAAUCGGAAUUCGUCCGUUUGCCGCAGGAGAGCUCGGAAGAGCUACCUCGAGAGACAUCGAGGAAGCAAAUGCAUCAAUGGAGUGCUCCGCUCACCGCACUUGGACCAGCUGGUCUCAACGUUCAAGCUUUCACACGGCCAUUAUACAAACACUCUGCAUGUACAAUUAUAAUUCUCUUUGCAUGGCUACAUAUAUAGAAAUCACUAUAAACAUUGAUAUAUAUAUAUAUAUAUACAUAUAUAGAUGUAUAUGGCGACUCAGGAUUCCUGUUUGUAGCUUUUUACAGGCCAAAGAGCGGUUCGAGCUGCUCCGUGACAGUGCCCUCGUGGCGAUUCGCAUUAUACAUACUAACAUUUUUUUCGUUUUGAAAAAAGAGUCCAGUAGAGGUGCACCCAGAGGAGACGGUUUCCACGAGGAACUUUGGAAACUUUUGUAACGAGGC